AUGGGGAAUAUACCAGGAGGAAUGGGCGGCCCUGGAGGACCAGGUGGCGGCGACAAAAAGAAACAGGACAAGUCUAAAAAGAAGGGACCCGCCCCUCCACCAGCGCACUUUGGCAGGAGAAAGAAGCGCGUUAAUAAGGGACCACCGGGCAUGUCAAAAAUACCAACAGUAGUUCCCACUGGCAAAUGCAGAUUGCGAAUGCUCAAACUCGAUAGGAUAAAGGACUACCUGCUCAUGGAGGAAGAGUUCAUCAACCGACAGGAGGCUAUGAAGGUUGGCGGAGAGGACAGGACUGAGGAGGAGAGGAACAAGGUCGACGAGAUUCGGGGGAAACCAAUCAGUGUUGGUAAUCUGGAGGAGCUCAUAGAUGACAGCCAUGCUAUUGUGUCUACCUCCAAUGGUCCUGAGUUUUAUGUAAACAUUCUCUCUAUCGUCGACCAAGAUCAGCUCGAGCCCGGCAGCUCAGUUCUCCUCCAUAACAAACUGCCUCCAGGUGUCAUUCUAUAUGGCGCGCCUGGCACUGGCAAGACAUUACUGGCCAAGGCGGUAGCGAACGAGACUAGCGCCACUUUCCUUAGGGUUGUGGGCUCUGAGCUCAUCCAGAAGUAUCUUGGUGAUGGCCCCAAGUUGGUUCGGGAAAUGUUCCGAGUGGCAAAUGAGCAAGCACCAUCGAUCGUCUUCAUAGAUGAGAUCGAUGCCGUUGGAACGAAACGGUACGAUACGACGUCGGGAGGGGAGAGGGAGAUUCAGAGGACGAUGCUCGAGUUACUCAACCAACUCGAUGGUUUCGAUCAAUCGGCGGAUGUGAAGGUCAUCCUUGCCACCAACAAAAUCGAAAGCCUUGAUCCUGCUCUUUUGAGGCCUGGUCGAAUUGAUCGUAAAAUUGAAUUCCCCUUGCCGGAUAUCAACACCAAGAGGCGCAUCUUCCAAAUUCACACUUCUAAGAUGACUCUGGCGGAUGAUGUAGAUCUGGAAGAGUUCGUUCACAGCAAGGAUGAUCUCAGUGGAGCCGAUAUCAAGGCCAUUUGUACUGAAGCGGGUAUGUUGGCGUUGCGUGAACGACGCAUGCGUGUGACAGCUGAGGAUUUGAGGAAGGCACGAGAGAAGGCGCUGUAUCGCAAGAAGGGGAAUAUCCCUGAGGGAAUGUAUUUGUAA